AUGAGCCCGAAGCGGCACGCAUUGUUUCGACUGGACGGAAGAAUUAGCAACUCCAAAAAUUGGAAUAUGGCUGGUCAUUUCAAGGUCGCUGAGAUGGCGGGUAUUGGCGAUGCAUCAGUCUGGGGUCUGGUCUGGGGUAAGACGACUGGAGGCAAAGCCCGCGGCUACCUGCACGGGGGAACUUCAAUCAAUCUGCGGAGGCACCUUCAACUUUCAAUCUGCAAGUCGGGAUUUCGGUCAACGGAAGAUUCCCGAAUCUACAAUCACUUCGCACAAUACUUCGGUUCUCCACGCGGCCAGAUCCCCCAGAAAUCUGCAAUCAUGACGGGCCGUCCAUCUUUGGGUGCGAGGUUCAUCCAAGCCAUCGUCAAGAACGACUCCAUCAAGACCGAUCCUCCUGAGAUUUACGGAUGGCGUGCGUUCGCCAUGGCAGGCUCUGCCUGCUUCGGUGGUAUGUUGUUCGGAUUUGAUAUUGGUACCAUUGGUGGUGUCCUCGAGCUGGUAGAGUUCCAGCACAAGUACGACAUCUACGACCUCGACAAGGUCGGAAAGGCCAACUUGAACGCCAACAUUGCCUCUACUCUCCAAGCUGGUUGCUUCGUCGGUUGCUUCAUUGCCUCCUGGGGGGCUGAGAAGUGGGGUCGCAAGCUCGCUCUGCAAAUGUCUGGUCUCGUCACUAUCGUCGGCUGCAUCAUGCAGGCCGUUGCCUCUGGGUCCAUCGAAGCCAUGUAUGUUGGUCGUCUGAUCGCUGGUCUCGGUGUCGGUGGUGCCUCCAUGGUUGUCCCUCUCUACAUUUCCGAAAACUCGCCGCGUGGUAUUCGUGGUGGUCUCACCGGUCUCUACCAACUCUUCAUCGCCACUGGAACUGCUCUUGCUUUCUGGGUUAAUUACGGAUCUCUCAUGCACCUCAGUGGCAGCGCCACAGUCUAUAUUGUUCCUCUUGCUCUUCAAGCUCUGCCUGCUGUCCUCCUCGUAGGCUGCAUGGCCCUCAACAAGGAGUCACCCCGUUUCCUAGCCAAGCAAGACCGCUGGGAACAAGCCACAAGUGUCCUCGCACGUGUCCGUAACCUCCCCAGCUCCCACCCAUACGUUCAGGAAGAGCUCAAGGAUAUCGCCGAUCAACUCGAGCACGAGCGCAUGCUCAUUGCUGGUUCCAGCAUCACGGAUCUGCUCAAGGAGAUGUUCACCAUCCCUGGUAACCGCAAGCGUGCUCUCAUCUCCAUCGUACUCAUGAUCUGUCAACAGAUGACCGGCACAAAUGCCAUCAACUACUAUGCUCCUCAAAUUUUCAAGGCACUCGGACUCCAGGGCAACUCGGUCAAGCUGUUCGCCACUGGAAUUUACGGCAUUGUAAAGAUGGUCGGAUGCUUCUGCUUCUUGAUCUUCGCCGCUGACUCACUUGGUCGUCGUCGCUCGCUUCUCUGGACCUCGAUUGCUCAGUUCCUUGCCAUGUUCUACAUUGGUCUCUACAUGCGCAUCGAUCCCCCUGUUGCAAACGCUCCGGUGCCACCAGCUGGUUACUUUGCUCUCGUCUGUGUCUUCUUGUUCGCUCUCUUCUUCCAGUUCGGUUGGGGUCCUGUGUGCUGGAUCUACGUCUCUGAGAUCCCAGCUGCCCGUCUUCGUUCGCUCAACGUCGCUAUCGCUGCUAGCACUCAGUGGCUGUUCAACUUCGUGGUUGCUCGGGCUACACCAAACAUGAUGGCCACAGUGGGUGAAGGAGGUUACGGAACCUUCCUCAUUUACGGCUCCUUCUGCUUCCUCAUGUUCAUCUUCGUCUGGUUCUUCGUUCCCGAGACAAAGGGUCUCUCACUCGAGAAGAUGGACGACCUCUUCGGCAUCACCGAGCUUGUCAAGAACAUUGAAGCCGACCGCGAAGCCAACCACCGCGGAGACUCCACCGAGCUUGAUAUGGAUGGCAAGAACGCAGUCCGCGAGGAGCGCAAGGAGCUUUCCAACUAA